CAUUAAAUAUGCUGUAGAUCAACUUUUGGGUCAUCUCACAUUAUUCGAAAUUUAUUUCUCAAUAUGACAAUGUACAUAUUGUAACCCCAAGUACGUUAAUAGCCGAGAUAAUACACCGUUUAUGACACCCUAUAAAUCUCAAAAAAUAUUGCCCAAUUCAAAUUCUCGAACUUCCGGUUUGUUUAAUAGCCACCUAGCGGCAGACCAGUGGCUCCCGGGCUUGUUUCUUGUGUUACAGAUUGAAGAUGAGGCCUUUAUUGAUACUGUUGCUCUUGGUUAUAUUUAACAGUGCAUCAACAAGAGCUGGAAAAAAAGUCACUGCUGACCUGAGCUUUGCCAGUCAUUAUGGAGAUCACAUGGUGUUGCAACAAGCACCUAAGCAGGCUAUGGUAUGGGGGUUUGCAAAAACUCUAGGAUCAGUAGUCAAAAUCACUGUACAGAAUGAUUCUUAUUCUGCCACUGUGCAAAAAAAUCCUCAAGACAACCCAGGACCAGGUGUAUGGAAAGUUUUAUUAAAGCCCACACCCUCUUCCACUCCCCCUGUGAUUAUAAGUGUUAAAUCUGUUGAUGGACAGGUGGCAAUAAAAGAUGUCCUCUUUGGAGAUGUAUGGCUGUGCUCAGGACAAAGCAACAUGCAGUUUACAACAGAUAUGAUGCUGAAUGCAAGUGAAGAGCUUGAAGGAGCCUCAAAGUACACUCAAGUAAGACUUUUCACUGCUAGUCAAGUGACAUCAGAUGUGCCACUUCUUAACUUAAAAAGUGUAGAAGAGGUUUGGUCCUUAGCAGCAAAAGACACUGUUGGUCACCAGCCAUGGAAAUAUUUCUCAGCAGUGUGCUGGUUGUAUGGGCGGAUGCUAUAUGACAGGCUCAAGUAUCCCGUAGGCCUGAUAGACACAACUUGGGGAGGGACCCCUGUAGAAGCUUGGUCAUCCCCAGAUGCUCUUAGGCAGUGUUAUGGUCAUAGCAACCAAGACAGAGUAAAAGUGAAUGACCCACUGUUUCCAGAGGCUCCAGGUGACCAUACUGUCCUGUGGAAUGCCAUGAUACAUCCUUUCCUCAACACAACUAUUUAUGGAGCUAUCUGGUAUCAAGGGGAGGCCAAUGCUUCACCGCCUACUAUGAACAAAUACAAGUGUACAUUCCGUGCCAUGAUUGUUGACUGGAGACAGAAGUGGCAUGAAGGCACCAUGGGACAGACUGAUGAAAAUUUUCCAUUUGGUUUUGUCCAGCUAGCUCCAUGGAGAACAAAACCUAACAGUCCAUCUGGUUUUUCUACCAUACGCUGGCAUCAGACGUAUGACAUGGGCUAUGUACCUAAUUAUGACCUGCCCAAGGUCUUCAUGGCAGUGGCCAUGGAUUUACCUGACCCUAAAUCGCCCUGGACCGGCAUCCAUCCUAGAGACAAAAUAGAUGUAGCCAAGAGACUGGUGCUGUCAGGACUUGCUGUAGCAUAUGGUAAGAGUGGAAUCAAGUUCCAGGGCCCUUUGCCUUCAGCAUACUUCAUUGAUAUAGGCUACUACACUCUAAGGGUAGAGUAUGACAGUGGGAAAACGCCGCUGGAAAUAAGGAGUAGUGCUGGAUUUGAGCUUUGUUGCUCCCAUGACAACACCAGUAUAAGCCAGUGCAAUGAGACAAGCACGCUGUGGCAUGAAGUUCCCCUUGUGUCCCAUGACAGCACUUCCGUCACCAUGUCUUAUGGGAAAGUUGCUGGCUGUGUCGGGCAGUGGGUUAUGGGCAUGCGUUAUGCCUGGAGAGAAACACCAUGUGAAUUCCUGGCUUGUCCUAUUUACAGUGUGGAGAAUGGUCUUCCUGCACCACCUUAUGUAACUGUGGGCAUUAUAGGCUAUGUUGUGUGAUUUCAGAUGGUUAGAGACAAAAUAUGUUUUAUCAACUCCAGCUGUAAAUUAUUAAUUUGCCCACACAUUGCAGAUUAUUUUUUGACAUCGUAAUUAGUGGUCAUGCCAGAGCUGUGAUGAAAAUGUCUACGGACAGUUGCAGUAACUUUUCUUGUGUUUAUCUCUAUUAUACACUAUAGGUGACUUUUAGACAAUCUUUGACACAGAGAAACCUUCUUGAAUUAUGAGUAUAAUAAUAUUAUACAGAAAAGUUAUUUAUGUCUCCUCAUUAACCCAAGCAAAAGGAUAAGUAAAUGACAAACACAGAUAUAGUGUUCCAAAUUUGGCCGGUAGCAGCCGAUUUUAUUGGUCCCUCUAGUAAAGAAUGGUGUUUAUUAUUAUAUAGCAUUAGAUAAUGUUAAUUAGUUAAAAUUACGUAAUGUUAUAUCUUAAAAAAUAAAUAUCAAAACAAAUAGUGCAAAUAUUUUCAUAUGUGGGGUUGCAAAGAGGCCAACAAUUAUUUUAAUUAGCUUUUAUCUGUAGUUUGCAGUCAUUCCAAAAGCUGUUUUGUGAUAACUUAUGGUACAUUGUUGGAUUCAAUAGUAGGAAUACUUGUAUGGAGAUUUUAAGUGAAAAAGUGCAAUGUUAUAGUUCAACCAAAGGCUUUUACAUGUGCAUGUUAACUGUUUUGCUCUUCGAUGUUUUUUUAGUUGCAUGUAUCUGUUUUGUAUACACACUUAUGUAGACUCUACCAUUUUGUAUAUGUACAGUCGUGUCGUGACAAGUUCCCAUAAUUGUUGAUUAACACUUUAUUGCCAAUCGUGAAAUUACAUCCAUUAUCCUGUUUAUAUACAAAGUUUUCAGAAUAAUCAUUUUGAGACAUUUGAAGCUAACAAGAAGUGAAAGAGCUCUCCUACACCCCAUUUCCAUAGAUUUUUAGAUCGAUCUAUCCCUGUGGGGAGUCUCACUAGAUUACUGUCAGCUUGGCC